ACCAUCGUGUAUGCAUCAGCAGUGACCCUGUACGAGACACCCCCCCCAACCUCCACAAAAAUCGCCUCCCUCGUGCUGCUGCUGCUCUCCCUCGCUGCUCUGCUCGCCUGCGCGGUGCUGCUCGUCUCCGCCGUUUGCAGGCGCAGCGGCAACGUGUCUUUUCUGCAGGAUGAGGUGCAGAGGCAGAUGAUGCUCACCAAGAGGGCAGAAACGAGGUCCCAGACCAAGAGCGCCUUCCUAGCCAGCAUGAGCCACGAGCUGCGCACACCCAUGGCGGCCAUCCUGGGCCUGCUGGACCUGGUGCUGUGCGAGGACCUGCUGCCCGAGGUGCAUGUGAACGUGCAGCAGAUCAAACUGGCGGCCACGGCCCUGCUAGGCCUGCUCAACUCGAUUCUCGAUCUUAGCAAGGUGGAAGCAGGCAAGCUGGUGCUGGAGUGUGUCGACUUUGACAUCCGCAAAGACCUCGAACUUAUCGUGGAGAUAUUUUCCGUGCAGGCUUUAACAAAAGGCACGGAGAUCUCUCUAGACCUUUCAGAUGAUUUAACCCGCAUGGUGCGGGGCGACCCGCACCGCGUACGGCAGGUGUUCAACAACCUGCUCUCCAACUCCAUCAAGUUCACCCCCAAUGGCCACAUCGUCAUCCGCGCCUGGAACCGCGCUGCUCAUGGUCAGCAGCAUGGGCAGCAGUACGGGCAGCAGCAGCAGCAUGGGCAGUUGCAGGGGCAGCAGCACGGGCAGUUGGGAUGGGCGGAAGGGGAGCGGGUGGCGCUGCAAGGGGGAGGGUCAGGGGCGAUGGAGGGGAGUCAGCACGGGGGAGGGGAACCGGGCGGGGGGGAGGAGAAGGAGAGGGGGAAGGGGAAGGUGGAGCUGGUGUUUGAGCUGGAGGAUACGGGGUGUGGUGUGCCCAAGGACAAGAGGGAGGCGAUCUUUGAGACGUACGGGCAGGCAGACCAGGCGCAUGGGCGGAUCGGCACGGGGCUGGGACUGGCCAUCGUGCGAUCACUGGUGGAGAUGAUGGGGGGCAAGAUAGCCGUAGUGGACAAGCCCACGGCCGGUCCAGGCUCUCUGUUCCGCUUCAACCUCUCGCUGGACUGCCCCGACCCCGCAGCAGCAGCCGUGCGCGUGGGGGGCGAGGCGGAGGAACAGGAGAAGGAGAGCUGGCGGCUGGAGGCGCCUCUGAUGCGCGCGCUGUGGGACGGGGACGUGCUGCUGGUGAUGGGCGCGUGCCCGGGGAGGGAGGUGGCGGGGAAGUGGUUAAGGCAGCGAGGGCUGACGGUGGUGGAGGUGGGCGCGUGGGAAGAAAUGGUCGACCGCAUUCGCCAGGUAGCAACAGCAGCGGAGGAGAAGGCAAGGGCAACGGAGGCAGCAUACGAGCGCAUGAGGAUGGACGACCCGUUGCUGCUCCUCCCAUCCUUCCCCAACGCCAACCCUAACCCUAACCCUAAUUCUGACUCCACUGCCGCCCAGCCCCUAAGCUCUGCCGAUGCUUUUGCCGCCCUGCAAAGGUUCGGAGAUCCGCCAGCAGCGGCAGCAGGUUCGGGAGAAGCAGGGAAGGAAGGUUCGGGACCAGGUUCGGCGGCGCCCUGGCUGAGGGUUGGGGGUCUGGGGGCAGGGGGAGGGGGAGGGGGAGGAGGGUUGGGAGGGGGGCUGCGCAGGCAAACCAGUCUGGGGGUGGCUCUCGGGGGAGGGGGGGGAUUAGGGGGAGCGUUGGGGGGAGGUUUGGGGGGAGGAGGGGUGGAUCUGGAAAGCUUUAAGAAGGGUAUCCUGUCGCUGGGCCUCAGGGACGCUGGUGGCAGUGCUGGGUCUCUGCUCUCGGCAGGUAGUGGGGGAGGUGGAACUGGGGGAGGUGGAGGAGGAGGGGGAGGAGGAGCGGGGGGAGCGGGAGGGAGUGGUGAUGGCAUGAGGAAUGGGUUCGGGAGUGAGAUAUCAGGAGCAGGGGUGGAGGCAGGGGGGAGGAUACCUGGAGUGGCUUCUGUAGAGGCAGCAGCAGGAGGAGGAGCAACAGCAACAGGUGAGGCAACAGCAGGAGGAGGAGCAGCGGGGGAGAAGGGCAGCAGCAGCAGUAGUGUGAGUGGGAUCCGCAGUGCAGGCAGCUCUCCUCUGCGGUUAGCGCGCAUAGCCAGUGUGAGCAGCGGGCACAGGCGACAGAGCAGCCUGGAGCGAAUCGGAGCACUCUUUGGCGGCGCAGGGGGGGGACCAGGGGGCGGGGGAGAAAAAGAUGCAGGAGGGGUAGGGGUGGCUGGAUGGGAGGCGCCUGGUAAGAGUGGUUUAGCCAAGGAAGGGAUGGGAGGUGGAGGGGCAGGAGGGGGAGCAGGAGGGGGAGCAGGAGGGGGAGCAGGAGGGGGAGCAGGAGGGGGGCCAGGAGGGGGGCCAAGGAGAGGACUGGAAAGAACAGGGAGUUUGCAGUCUGAUAAGAAGGUUCUAGGAGGGGGAGGAGCAGCAGGGGGCGGUGCUGGUGGUGGGCUGUGGAAGCAAGGAAGCCUGACUCUUGGGAAGGUGUUUCGGCGGGGCAGUGGGGGCAGUGAUGCGAGCUCUGGUGGGGCUGGUGGGGGUGUGGGCAGCAGCGGCGGCAGCGGGAGUAGUAGCAGCACGAGCGUGGCGGGUGGGGGCAACAGCUCUCUGCCUGUCAUGUGGUUGGUUGCUGCUAACACGCCUGCCUCUGUGCGUGAGCGGUUGAGAGCGGCCGGGUGCGAUACUAUUGUGUCGAAGCCCCUGCAUCCGACUAGAAUGGAGCAGCUGUUGAAUCUGGCUAUGGAUAUUAAGUAUGGGAUUGGGGGGAAUGCGGAGGGGGGGGUGGGAGGGGAGCGAGGGGGUGAGGAAGGGGAGGAGAGAGGUGGGGAUGGGGAGGGAGAGGGGGAUGGUGGGGGAGGUGAGGGAGGUGGAGGAGGAGGGGUGUGGGGGGUUCUGGACGAGUUGGGGAAGGAGAAAGGGAGAGAGAGAGGGAGGGAGAAGGGAGGGAAGGGAGGAGGGAAGGAAGGGAAGGAGGGGAAGGGGCGCAAGAGUAUAAAUGUGAAUGUGAGGAUUCAGAGGUGUUUGAGUGCAGUGGAUGAGGAGUUGAGUCAUGCAGACGAGAUGAGUAAUGGGGAUGAGUCCUGCCUCUCCACCCCUGUUGGGAGUUCUGAGUUUGACCUCACUACCCCGAGGUCUGGUGAUGGGGCGUGGGAAGGGAGAGAGGGGAGGGACAGGAGGGAUGGGAGAGACAGGAGGGAGGAGAUGGGAGGGAGGGUAGGAAGAAAUGGGGAAGAGGCGAGGGAGCAGAGGGAUGAUGAGAGUGAUGGUGACGAUGGGGAAAGAGGAGAAAGAGGGGAUAGAUGGGAGAGAGGGGAGCGAGGAGAAAGAAGAGAAGGAGGGGAGAGAGCAGAAAGAGUGGAGAGGAGAGAAAGAGGGGAGAGAGGGGAAAGAGCAGAAAGAGGAGAGAGAAGGGAUGGCCAAUAUCGUUCGCAAAGGAGGAAGGAGGGUUCUGAGAGUGGUGAUAGCGACAGAUACGGCGAGGGAGCAGGGGACUCACGAGGGGCAGGAGGGGCAAUCACACCCAGAACGCCCCGAAACCUUCUUGUGCCGUUCCCUCGCUCGGAAUCCCGGGGGUCUCAAGACGGGAGCAAAGCGGGCGGGCAGGAGGAGCACAGACGCAGUUCUUUCCGAAAAGACUCGGUGGCUUCACUCUCACUCAUCUCGCCUCACUCCCCCUCGUCUCUCUCCUCCUCCUCUUCUCCCUCCAUGGAUCGCUCUGCUAGUGGACGGCUCUUGCCGGCCAUUGACUCGCUCUUCUCCCCUCGCAAACACUCGCAGUCGCAUCGUGCCUCCGCCUCCUCGUCCUCUUCGUCUCAUGCCAAGCGUAGUGGCAGCGGCAGUGGCAGCAGAAGCAGGGAGAGGAGCGGAGGGGGUGCAAGUGCGUCGGCUGCAUCGGCCCACCAGAAGGCUGUUUUGGGCCCGGCGUCAGCUCUGGCAGGUGUGCACAUCCUAUUGGCCGAGGACGUGGCGAUGCUGCAGCGGGUGGCGGUGCUGAUGCUGAAGAAGAUGGGCGCGACGGUGGUGGCGGUGAGCAACGGUCAGGAGGCGUUGGAUGCGGUGACAAGGCAGAUUCGAGGGGAGGUGGACGGGGGAGAGGCGUUUGACCUCGUGCUUAUGGACUGCCAGGUGCGUGUGUGUUGGGGGGAGGUCGUAGGAGGAGAAGGGAGGGUCAGAGGGACUGCUGGACUGCCAGAGAGAGGAGGGGGGGAGGGAGGGGGAGAAGGGUGGGGAUAG